AAGAAAGAAAGAAAGAAAGAAACUUCGGAUUAUAAAAAAACUACUUUUGAAAUGCCAAGACGGCGCCUUGAGAUACACGUAUCUUAGGCGGCGAAUCUCCUUUCGUUGAUUCCAUUCCGGCCUCAUUCAAUCCCUUCCUUCUGCUCCUCUCCCUUUUGUGGUUGGUUGGGAGGUACCGUAGGGGGUUACUUUUAUUUAUUUAUUUAUUCAUGCCGUGCUUAUUAUUGCGAUAAUAUUAUUGUUAUUUACCCGCCAACCACCCUAUCAGCUACCAUACCAGCAUUGUUGCGUUGAUACGAACCCGACCCAACUCGUACUUGUGCCUUCCUGACGGUGCGGUGCCCACGGAGCAGAACCUUCAUCCUCUCGCUCCCCUUCUGCUUCUGCCCUUUUUUCUUCACUUUUUCCCUUUUCACACAAUCUCCGCUGCUUACAGCACUGUGCCCCUCUCUUUCCUCCUUCCUUCCUUUCCUCCUCUACAUACAUCCAGCCUUUCUCGCAGUACCUCCCGGUCAGGGGAACCGCUAUCGUCUGUCCGUCCCUUUGAGUUUGCUUCCGCUAAACCUUUACAUCCUCUAUUUCUAGGAUUGGAUAGGAGGAAGGGUUUCUGGAACUUCUUGCCCGAUCGCCCACGAUGACUGGGAAAUGUGAGGUUCUUUUUUUUUCUCAGUCAAAUUCCCCCCUUUGGAUCCGAUUGCUGAUUGAUCGAUCGAUGCAGACGGAGUGAUACUUGAUGCCGGCUCGAGUGGGACUCGUAUUCACAUCUACAACUGGGAGGAUCCCGUGGAGACACGGAAGAAGGGGAGGAAGGGCGAGUUGCAAAAGCUACCCGAGAUAAAGACAAACAAGAAAUGGACCAAGAAGAUCAAACCCGGUUCGUUUGCUAGUUCGCCCCUUCCGACACUCCGGCUUCUAACAGGUUCUUUCAGGUGUUUCGACGUUUGGCGAGCAUCCGGAGCGGGUUGGGGAGGAUCAUUUGAAGGGUUUGUUCGAGCAUGCGCUUAGCCAGAUACCAAAGGAUGCCGUCGCCGAUACGCCAUUAUUCUUGCUCGCUACGGCUGGAAUGAGGUUGUUGCCGGAUUUACAGCGGAAAACAUUGCUAGACGAGAUUUGCACGUAUGCCCGUAGGACAACACGCUUUCUCCUCCCCGAUUGCGGCCUCCACAUCCAGGUUAUCGCUGGCGAGACGGAAGGGUUGUAUGGUUGGAUUUCGGCAAACUACCUAUUGGGUGGUUUCGAUGACCCGGAAACGCACGCACACGGGAAGGGACAUCACACGUACGGGUUCCUGGAUAUGGGGGGGGCUAGUGCCCAGAUCGCUUUUGCACCGAAUGCAACGGAAGCAGAGAAACACGCUGAUGAUUUGGUAUUGCUGAAAAUGAGGAAUUUGAAUGGCGAUCCGGUGGAUUAUAAGGUGUUUGUGACCACCUGGCUGGGAUUCGGAGUGAACCAGGCAAGGAGCAGGUAUAUCGAUGCGUUGGUGGAGGCAAGUUCCGGUGAUGGCAUCACUGAAUUGCCGGACCCGUGCUUGCCCAAGGGGUUGAAGUCCACAUUGAAAGGGAAGAAGAUUGGUGAUGACGACGCGCCUGAUGAGAAGGCUCAUUUGAUUGGAACUGGGAAAUUCGAGGAAUGUCUGAGUCAGACCUAUCCAUUGUUGGAGAAGGAUCAUUUGCCAUGCAAGGAGGUUUCCUGUCUGCUUAAGGAGGAUCACGCACCGGCUAUUGACUUUGACAUCAACCACUUUGUCGGUGUAUCGGAGUAUUGGCACACCACCCACGAGAUUUUCGAGACCGAGCAUGAUGCGAAGGCGUACGACUUUGCGACCUAUCAACAAAGGGUGAAGGAUUUUUGUAGUCAAGAUUGGGAUACCAUUGCAGAACUUGUAGUGAAGAAAAAGUGGGGAAAGAAGGUUGACGAGGAAAAGGCCAUGCAAACUUGUUUUAAGGCGAGUUGGCUGAUUAAUGUUCUGCAUGAUGGUAUCGGCAUUCCACGCGUUGGGCUCGAGACCAGCGGCAAUUCGAACCACAACGGAACCGAGGAAGUUAUUGAGGCUGCCAAAUCGAAGGGAUUCCUUGACUCGUUUCAACCGGUUAAUAAAAUCGCUGAUGUGGAGGUUUCAUGGACGCUGGGAAAGAUGGUUCUGUACGCAGCGAGCCAGAUUCCUCCACCUGACGGUGAGGUGAACGCCGUUGGCUUUGGAAAGAAUAUUAUAGGUGGUAAUGGCCUUCCUGAUGAUUUUGAGUACGCUGCAUCUCAGAGAGUAUCGCAUCAUCCCGACAGCCCGGGUAUGUCGGGUUCUGGGGGAUCAAAUUCCAGCAUGGAGGGCGACAGCGAUCAAUCCCACUGGCAUGAUCCGCUCUGGAAAGAAGGCGACAAGACCCCUAGACGUAUCCCCGGGCUCCUACUGUUCCUCAUCAUAUUCUGCCUCGCCGUCUUCCUCCUGAUGGGCCGGGAGCGUAGAGGAAGGUUCUGGAGAGCCGUCAAAAUCUCUAGCAAGCGUGGGAAGCGGAAGGUCCUAGGCAGUCACGGUGUUAUCACGUACGAGAGGAUUAUGGAAGAAGGGCACAACCAAUUCGCCGACUUUGAACUCGGCAGUGUGUCUUCCUCUUCAUCUUCGGAUGAUGAAACUGGUGGUUGGAGGGCUAAGGGAUCUUUAUACGACCCUCCGAUUGGAGGAACUGGUGCCGAUGCAGUGGGGUCUGGAUUGGGCACUCGGAUUGGUAGCAGGGAGAGAUUGCCAAUGACCACGAGAAGUGGGGAUAUCUCUCCGCGGGGAGGCAGUAGUGCCAGGGCCCGAAGUCCAAUGCCUCCACGAUAGCGUCUGUAUCAGGCGGUUUAUGGCGUUUUGCUUUCUUGAUUACGUUACUCUUUUUUUUUAGCCCUAUAUCAUGAAGCUAAUUUCCCUUUUUUCCCUCCCUUUUUCCCCCCUUCAUGAGCUUAAGUUUUACUCUUCAUUCUUAACAUUUCUUUUUUUUCCUAUUUGCUUUUCCGCCGGCGUUGUAGAUGGAACGACAAAAAUGGGAUGUGUGCAUAUAUAGUUAUAGAGUUAUGAACGAGCAAAAAGGAAAAGAUAUUUUUAUUAUA